AUUUAUAGUACGAAGACGUGUUUUGUUUUCGCCCAAACCAACUCGAUCACUUUUUUUUUUAUUUCCUCCUAAUUCGUCUUCGCUUCUUUCCCAACCAAAAAACACCAUUCUUAUCUCUACAAGAAUUAAAGAAGAUCUAUAGAUUUCAAACACCAUUUCUACGACUGCAAAUUUCAAAAUCGCCAGGGGAAAUUAAAAAAUGGAAGAGAAACCAAACUAUGUGAUACAAGUAGAAGAAGAGCUUCCAAGUUUACUGAGAAAAGCCACAACAGAAGAAAUGGUUGGGUUUGACAAUUACAAAGAGAAUGGUCAUCCUUUUCCUCACUUAAUCAGUCGUUUUCAUCCUUCUCAUGCCUCCACGACUACUUUGAAUGGUCAAGAAGCAUCAAGAUCAAUAGACACAAUGGAAGCUCAUCAUAACUACAAUGAGACACCACCAUGGACUCAUCAAAGAAAACCAUCAAUUUCAAUGCCAACUUCACCAAAUGUUCUCAUGAUCUCCGACCCGACAACAUCUUUAUCUUCCGAAAACAACAAGAACAGUGGGUCGACUGGCAAAUCUGUCAAGUUUCUCUCUCAGCCGAUGACCAAAGUCUCAUCUCUCUACAUAGAAACCGGUAACGAUGAUAAUGAUCGUCGUCGUAGCCAUGAUAAUCAUCAUCAUCGUCAACAACAACAUCAGAAUGGUCAUCAUCAAAAUCAAAAUCCGGCGGCCAACAAGCUUAAAGACAAUAGGUACAACUCGUUCAAGACUUGGUCGGGGAAACUCGAGAGACAAUUUACAAGAAAACCAGCUUCUGUUGAACCGGAGGCACCAAACCGGAAUAAUCAGAAUUUGAAUACCAAUGAAGCCAUGCCUGUGGACCGCUACUAUGAUGCUUUAGAAGGUCCUGAAUUAGAGACUCUCCGGCCUCAAGAAGAAAUUGUUCUACCAAAUGAUAAAAAGUGGCCGUUUCUUCUCCGUUACCCGAUCUCCACCUUCGGUAUGUGCCUCGGAGUGAGCAGCCAAGCCAUAAUGUGGAAAACUCUAGCCACCGCGGAGCCAACCAAGUUCCUCCAUGUACCCCUCUGGAUCAACCAGGGUCUCUGGUUCAUCUCAGUCGCCUUGGUCCUCACUAUCGCCACCAUCUACCUCCUCAAGAUCAUCCUUUAUUUCGAAGCCGUACGCCGCGAAUACUACCAUCCAAUUAGAAUCAACUUCUUCUUUGCUCCUUUCAUUUCUUUACUCUUCCUGGCCCUCGGUGUCCCACCUUCCAUAAUUACAGAUUUGCCGCAUUUCCUUUGGUACCUCCUCAUGUUUCCAUUCAUCUGUCUUGAGCUUAAGAUCUACGGUCAAUGGAUGUCCGGCGGUCAACGCCGGCUCUCCCGAGUCGCCAACCCGACCAACCAUCUCUCAGUCGUCGGGAACUUUGUCGGUGCCUUGCUUGGUGCGUCCAUGGGGCUUAGAGAAGGUCCUAUAUUCUUCUACGCUGUUGGGAUGGCUCAUUACUUGGUUCUGUUUGUGACUCUCUACCAAAGGCUACCAACCAACGAGACUUUGCCUAAAGAUCUUCACCCUGUCUUCUUCCUCUUCGUCGCGGCUCCAAGUGUUGCUUCCAUGGCUUGGGCUAAGGUUACUGGCUCCUUUGAUUAUGGCUCCAAAGUUUGUUACUUUAUCGCCAUUUUCCUCUAUUUCUCAUUGGCUGUUCGGAUUAAUUUCUUCCGGGGAAUCAAAUUUUCGCUGUCUUGGUGGGCGUACACAUUUCCGAUGACCGGAGCUGCGAUUGCAACCAUCAGAUAUGCAACAGUGGUUAGGAGCACUAUGACUCAAAUCAUGUGUGUGGUCCUCUGUGCCAUUGCAACGUUGGUCGUAUUCGCACUGCUUGUGACCACCAUUAUCCAUGCCUUUGUUCUCCGGGAUCUUUUCCCCAAUGACCUCGCCAUAGCCAUCAGCAACCGCCCGAGACCCAAACAGAAUAGCCAUCACCGGUGGCUAGACCAACUGAGAAAUGUAAGCUCAGAGAACAUCGAGAAUUACUUGAAAUUCACAGACUCCGACAGCACUCAUAGUAAUGAUUUAGAAGCUUGCAACGGCAAAACUCAAGAGAGUGAUUCAUCAUAAAUUGGGAAAUCAUAAAAAAAGUUUUCAUAACCCCUGCCCUGGUACAGAAUCGUAUCCAAAGUUUUGGUUUUUAUUUGUUGUCAGUGUCUCUGACACAAGUGAGGAACCUAGUAACGUUAAUGUUGCUGUGGUUCUAAUGAGCAUGUGUGUAAAGUAGUGGUAAGCAAAAGACAGGGGUUGUCUACAAUGGUGAACCAAUCCAAACGACCCAGUAUCUCUUAAACCAGAACUGUUAGCAGUUAUCAUAAUACUUCAAAGAGCAUGUAAACUUGUUUUGUUCCAAUAAAUAAAUUUUUUUGAG